UGUCAAAAAACUAUAGUUUAUAUUACGGUGUAGGUUUUUCACAAUUUUACUUCCUUUUCCUGUGUUGGUCCAAGAUACAGACAUGAGUGAAGGAACGGCCACUCUGCGAACUCGCAAGUUCAUGACCAAUCGUCUGCUCUGCCGGAGGCAGAUGAUUGUAGAUGUGCUGCAUCCCGGCAAGGCCACUCUAGCGAAGACUGAAGUUCGCGAGAAGUUGGCUCGCAUGUACAAGACCACACCUGAUGUAAUCUUCUGCUUCGGAUUUCACACACAGUUUGGGGGUGGCAAGACUACGGGCUUUGCCCUCAUCUACGACAGUCUCGACUUUGCCAAGAAAUUUGAACCAAAACACAGACUUUCAAGGCAUGGCCUGUACGAGAAAGUUGCCCGGCCUGGACGUAAACAGAGGAAAGAAAAGAAGAACAGAACGCUGAAGGUCAGAGGGACGGCAAAGGCAAAGAUUGGAGCUGGUAAAAAGAAAUAAGUCUGCAGCUGGGUUUUCUUGGCUUGUCUUGUACAUACCAUACUAUUAAAGAGAAAAACUGGAA